UCCCCGCGCUGCGGGAGCGCGCUUAGCGCGUGCGUACGCGACGGCGGUUGGCGGCGCGCGGGCAGCGUGAAGCGAGGCGAGGCGGUUCGGACCCACGGAGCGACAGACCGAGCGGCCCCUACGGCCGUCGGCGGCCAGGCGGCCCGAGAUGUUGUCUGGGAAGAAGGCGGCAGCCGCGGCGGCGGCGGCUGCAGCGGCGGCAGCCGGGACGGAGGCUGGCCCCGGGACAGCGGGCGGCUCUGAGAAUGGGUCUGAGGUGGCCGCGCAACCCGCGGGCCUCUCGGGCCCAGCCGAGGUCGGGCCGGGGGCGGCCGGGGAGCGCACACCCCGCAAGAAAGAGCCUCCGCGGGCCUCGCCCCCCGGGGGCCUGGCCGAACCGCCGGGGUCCGCAGGGCCUCAGGCCGGGCCUACCGUCGUGCCUGGGUCUGCGACCCCCAUGGAAACUGGAAUAGCAGAGACUCCGGAGGGGCGUCGGACCAGCCGGCGCAAGCGGGCGAAGGUAGAAUACAGAGAGAUGGAUGAAAGCUUGGCCAACCUCUCAGAAGAUGAGUAUUAUUCAGAAGAAGAGAGAAAUGCCAAAGCAGAGAAGGAAAAGAAACUUCCCCCACCACCCCCUCAAGCCCCACCUGAGGAAGAAAAUGAAAGUGAGCCUGAAGAACCAUCGGGGCAAGCAGGAGGACUUCAAGACGACAGUUCUGGAGGGUAUGGAGACGGCCAAGCAUCAGGUGUGGAGGGCGCAGCUUUCCAGAGCCGACUUCCUCAUGACCGGAUGACUUCUCAAGAAGCAGCCUGUUUUCCAGAUAUUAUCAGUGGACCACAACAGACCCAGAAGGUUUUUCUGUUCAUUAGAAACCGCACACUGCAGUUGUGGUUGGAUAAUCCAAAGAUUCAGCUGACAUUUGAGGCUACUCUCCAACAAUUAGAAGCACCUUAUAACAGUGAUACUGUGCUUGUCCACCGAGUUCACAGUUAUUUAGAGCGUCAUGGUCUUAUCAACUUCGGCAUCUAUAAGAGGAUAAAACCCCUACCAACUAAAAAGACAGGAAAGGUAAUUAUUAUAGGCUCUGGGGUCUCAGGCUUGGCAGCAGCUCGACAGUUACAAAGUUUUGGAAUGGAUGUCACACUUUUGGAAGCCAGGGAUCGUGUGGGUGGACGAGUUGCCACAUUUCGCAAAGGAAACUAUGUAGCUGAUCUUGGAGCCAUGGUGGUAACAGGUCUUGGAGGGAAUCCUAUGGCUGUGGUCAGCAAACAAGUAAAUAUGGAACUGGCCAAGAUCAAGCAAAAAUGCCCACUUUAUGAAGCCAACGGACAAGCUGUUCCUAAAGAGAAAGAUGAAAUGGUAGAGCAAGAGUUUAACCGGUUGCUAGAAGCUACAUCUUACCUUAGUCAUCAACUAGACUUCAAUGUCCUCAAUAAUAAGCCUGUGUCCCUUGGCCAGGCAUUGGAAGUUGUCAUUCAGUUACAAGAGAAGCAUGUCAAAGAUGAGCAGAUUGAACAUUGGAAGAAGAUAGUGAAAACUCAGGAAGAAUUGAAAGAACUUCUUAACAAGAUGGUAAAUUUGAAAGAGAAAAUUAAAGAACUCCAUCAGCAAUACAAAGAAGCAUCUGAAGUAAAGCCACCCAGAGAUAUUACUGCUGAGUUCUUAGUGAAAAGCAAACACAGGGAUCUGACCGCCCUAUGCAAGGAGUAUGAUGAAUUAGCUGAAACACAAGGAAAGCUAGAAGAAAAACUUCAAGAAUUGGAAGCGAAUCCCCCAAGUGAUGUAUAUCUCUCAUCCAGAGACAGACAAAUACUUGAUUGGCAUUUUGCAAAUCUCGAAUUUGCUAAUGCCACACCUCUCUCAACUCUCUCCCUUAAGCACUGGGAUCAGGACGAUGACUUUGAGUUCACUGGCAGCCACCUGACAGUAAGGAAUGGCUACUCAUGUGUGCCUGUGGCUUUAGCAGAAGGCCUAGACAUUAAACUGAAUACAGCAGUGCGACAGGUUCGCUACACGGCUUCAGGAUGUGAAGUGAUAGCUGUGAAUACCCGCUCCACGAGUCAAACCUUUAUUUAUAAAUGCGAUGCAGUUCUCUGUACCCUUCCCCUGGGUGUGCUGAAGCAGCAGCCACCAGCUGUUCAGUUUGUGCCACCUCUCCCUGAGUGGAAAACAUCUGCAGUCCAAAGGAUGGGAUUUGGCAACCUUAACAAGGUGGUGUUGUGUUUUGACCGGGUGUUCUGGGAUCCAAGUGUCAAUUUGUUCGGGCAUGUUGGCAGUACGACUGCCAGCAGGGGUGAGCUCUUCCUCUUCUGGAACCUCUAUAAAGCUCCAAUACUGUUGGCACUAGUGGCAGGAGAAGCUGCUGGUAUCAUGGAAAACAUAAGUGACGAUGUGAUUGUUGGCCGAUGCCUCGCCAUUCUCAAAGGGAUUUUUGGUAGCAGUGCAGUACCCCAACCCAAGGAAACUGUGGUGUCUCGUUGGCGUGCUGAUCCCUGGGCCCGGGGCUCUUAUUCCUAUGUUGCUGCAGGAUCAUCUGGAAAUGACUAUGAUUUAAUGGCUCAGCCCAUCACUCCGGGCCCCUCGAUUCCAGGUGCCCCACAGCCGAUUCCACGACUCUUCUUUGCGGGAGAACAUACAAUCCGUAACUACCCAGCCACAGUGCAUGGUGCUCUGCUGAGUGGGCUGCGAGAAGCAGGAAGAAUUGCAGACCAGUUUUUGGGGGCCAUGUAUACGCUGCCUCGCCAGGCCACACCAGGUGUUCCUGCACAGCAGUCCCCAAGCAUGUGAGACAGAUACAUUCUAAGAGAAAAGGCCCAUGUGCCUGUUUCUGCCGUAUAAACAAGGCUCUUCUAGCAAUACUAGAUCCCACUGAGAAAGUCCACCCUGGCACCUGGGCUCCUGAUCGGCUGCUGGAGCUCCUGAUUUGACAAGGAGCUUGCCUCCUUUGAAUGACCUAGAGCACAGGGAGGAACUUGUCUAUUAGUUUGGAAUUGUGUUCUUCAUAAAGACUGAGGCAAGUGCUGUGAAGUAACAUCUUAGUCUCUUUUUUUUUUUUUUUUUAAUAUAUUUUGAGAAUAAAACUUCAUAUAAAAUUGG